AUGGACGACCUAGCUGCCAUCGUGACGCUUGAAAACCUCGAGGAGAAGAUGCCGAGAUGGAACCCGGCCAGCUCCAACCACCUCUAUGCUCUAGUCGACAUGGGAAGAACAACCCCGCUGGUCACUGACACGCCUCCGAGCAACGGCAUCCGCUUCUCCAUUUCUGAUCUCUCCCCUCCUCGCACCCGCCUUCUGAGGUGCAUCUACCGGGAGCGGGCCGCCAUCUCCUUAUUUGAUGCACUGAGCGGUUCCCCGUUGCUGCAGGAUUUCCCAGACGAAACGAUCACACUGGUCUCGCAGACUUUGGCUCGCUUCCGGGCCAUCGCCGUUGACGACUACGGCGUCCCUCCCGCCCAAGUGAGAGUCUUUGCCACGGAAGCGAUGCGCCGGGCCCGGAACGCUACCGUGAUGCUCGAGGCUAUACGGGCUGCGUCACCUGGCCUGUCGGUGUACAUUCUUGCGCCUCAGGUUGAGACACUCUUUGGCUCAGUUGGAGCCCGCUCAGGCUUCGUUGACGUGAAGGGGCUUUUUCUCGACCUGGGCGGCGGCAGUGUCCAGAUGACAUACCUGGACACGUACGACUCAAAGUCCAGUAUUCAAGAAGACGGCGUGGGUCCCGAGGUUGCUGCUGCGCUCGCCGGGCAGAGCCUCCCUUUCGGCGCAGCUCGCCUGAUCAAGGUCUUGGACAACCACGAUGUUCAUGCACGAGCCUUCGAGAUCUCGCGGCUUCGUACCGGCAUGAGCGACGCAUUCCAGAGAUUGUGUGCUAGAUUUCCGUCUCUUGCCGCUAAUGUUGCCGAAACUCGGCAGGGCCAAACGUACGAGACUGCCAAAGACGGGUCGGGAAUCGACAUCUACCUAUGUGGGGGAGGCUUCCGGGGGUAUGGGAGCAUGUUGAUGCACACCCAUUCGAUACAGCCGUACCCUAUUCCCUCUGUUGGUUCAUUCACCGUCUCAGGCGAGGUGUUUGCCAAGACCAAGGAGAUGCUUAACGUCAACAAGUCGUUUGCCGGGAAGAUUUUCGGAAUGUCGAAACGUCGGCGUGCUCAAUUCCCUGCCGUCGUCGAGGUGGUCGAUGCACUCAUUGCUUCCGUGGCCCCUAUCCGAUCUGUUACCUUCUGCUCUGGUGGCAACCGUGAAGGCGCUUUGAUGAUGAGCUUGCCGCCAGAGAUCCGGGUGAGCAGUCCCCUGACAUGUUCCCAUAAUGUCAGGGAGAGCCGUACCCCUUCCGCCCCAGGCAGAAACUCGGCAAGCAUCCAAGACGUUCUCGAUACCCUGCAGUCUGCGUUCCCGCCGGAUUUGGACCUGGCAGCUACGACGACUGUCUUUGGGUUGCAGCUGGGUGCCCUCUACGCCGGCCAAAUCUGGACUCAAUUGGGAGCCGACGCUGAUGCCAACGCGGCCGCCGCUCUGCACAAUGCCGUCAGCUCCCCCGACCAGCCUGGAUUGACACACCUAGCCCGCGCUGUGUUAGGGGUCACUCUCUGCGCACGAUGGGGAGCAAGCUUGGCACCCAUCGACGAGCAGUUACACCAAAACCUGCGUGCCUUGAUGGACGCUGCGGACCCGGACGCGACAUUCUGGGCCGAUUACAUAGGCGUUGUGACCGCCACGACAACAAGACUCUUGAGGACAUGGCCGCAGACGUCAAGUGUUCUCAAAGACAAUGUCAGGUUUCGAUCAGCCGCGGAGCAUGGUAAAAAGAUGAGAAUUCAACUCGAUAUUUCGGUUAGCGAGGAUGCAGCGAGGGGAGUUGAUCUUGACAACCUUCUCGACCUCUUCAAAACUGUAAAGCAAAAACACAACGGGAGGAAAGUCACCGUCACCAUCAACCGGCUCCCGUGA